AUGUGCAGACGCCCGGGCCACCUGCGACGCGUGUGCCCAGACGCGGCUGGUAAGACACGGAGAAAACAAACGGCGGCCCCAUUACACUAUGGCGGGGCAGACGGAGCAGUCGAAAACGAAGAAGUACCGGAGGCAGACUUCCACCAUCUAUGCCUAAACGACUACCAACCGGUGAGUUUACCCGUAAUAAUUGACAAUAAAACAAUUAAAAUGGAAGUGGACACGGGUGCGGCUGUGUCAUGUAUUAAUAGGCAAACCUAUGAAAAGUAUAAGGAACUAUUUAGUGGCGGGCUCGGGCGGUUCACGGGUGGCAAAGCGACGUUGCGGGUGCGGGACGGGGCGGCGCCGGUGUUCCACCACGCACGGCCGGUGCCCUACGCACUGCGCGAGCGAGUCGACGCGCAGCUCGACGCAAUGCUGCGGGACGGCAUCAUUGAGUCCGUCGACUGCUCCGACUGGGCCUCACCGAUUGUUCCGGGGAUACCUAUAGUAGAAAUAUUUUUAGAUGACGUCAUCAUCGGAGGGAAAACUAAAGACGAACAUUUAAAGGCUCUGGAGACAGUCAUAAGUAGACUACAUAAAUUGGGUUUCAAAUUAAAAAGUAGUAAAUGUGUAUUUCUAGUGGAUGAGGUGAAAUAUUUGGGAUAUAUUAUAAGUAGCAAAGGCAUUAAAACCGAUCCCUCAAAGGUAGAAGCCAUAUUAGGGAUACCCAGGCCGACUAACGUGACGGAGUUGCGGUCGUUUCUAGAUGAAAAUGGGGCGGACGGUUUAUCGCGGUUACCGCUUAAAACUGAACGAAACGUGACAACCCCACCCGAACAAACGUACCUGCAUUUUGUGCAACAAGCUCUGUCAUUAGACUAUAACGACAUUAAACGGGAGACGUUGCGGGAUCCAUUAUUAUCAAAAGUACUAAGUUAUAUUCGUGACGGCUGGCCAUCACACUGCGAAAUUACUAAUCUUCAACCUUAUUGGAAUAGACACAAAGAAUUAUACGAGGAGCUAGGCUGUAUAAUGUGGGGUCAUAGGUUAGUAGUACCGGAAAAUUGCAGGGACAAAAUCUUGGCUAUGAUUCAUGAACCUCAUAUGGGAAUAGUGAAAUCCAAAGCGCUGGCUCGAAGCUAUGUAUGGUGGGCCGGCAUGGAGGAGGCGGUGGAGCGAGCGUGCCGUGAGUGUAUAACCUGCGCAGCGCAGGCGGAUGCGCCGGCGCGGAACUCGCCGCGAAUGUGGCCCUGGCCCGCACGGCCUUGGAGUCGGCUUCAUUUGGAUUUCAUGGGUCCCAUCGCGGGAAAAAUAUAUUUGGUAGUAGUUGACGCCAUGUCGAAAUGGAUUGAGGUUUAUAAAAUGACAAGUAUCUCUGCCAACUGUUUAAUUGACCGCUUAAAUGAAUUAUUUAGUAGAUUCGGCUUUCCUCGACAAAUAGUAACGGACAAUGGAGCACAGUUCACGUCAAAGGAGUUCGAAUAUUUUAACAAGCACAACGGCAUAGAGCAUGUUUUUAAGGCACCCUAUCACCCUUCCUCGAAUGGUCUGGCGGAAAACGCGGUAAGAACAUUAAAACGGGUAAUAAAAAAGGCGUUGCAAGAUAAUCAAAAUAUAGAUAGGGCGUUAUGGGCAUUUUUAAUGUAUUAUAGAAAUGUCGAACACGCAACAACGGGCGAGUCCCCAGCAAUGCUUAUGUUUGGUAGGCGAAUCCGUACACGAUUGGAUGUCAUCAAACCUGAUAGGGAAGGCCAAGUGCAUCAAGCUCAGCGACGCCAGCAGGACGCGGCCGCAGGAGUGAGUUUCGGAAGUUUCGGCAAAGAGGAAGAAGUAUGGUAUAGGCAAUACUUAAAGGGGGAAAAAUGGAUUCCGGGUCGCAUUGUAGACGUUCUAGGCUCUAGUAAUUUUAAAGUGGAAGGUAAAGACGGGGAAAUUAUACAUAGGCAUAUCGAUCAGCUGCGUAAACGACAAAGUAACAGUAGACUAUCUCUCGCUUCUACUACGCCCAUUUUGGAUCAACAGUCCACCAGAGAUUCUCAAGAGGUUUAUUGGCCGAUAGGUAGUAGUAGUCCCGCCCGCCGGUCGGAGGGGUCGGCGGAGGCGACUAGCUCGUCCCCCAUAGAGGUCAGAUCAGGAGUAGAUCAGUCUAAGCUAGAGGGGGCUAUUCCGGAGUCACCGGAACGGCAGUUCUCUUUGGCCCUUGGUGCUACACCCCGAGCUCGCCCUGUUAGAAAACGUAGAUUGAAUAAACCUAGUUAUAAGGAGUAG